AUGCCACUCGCCGGAAUAACUGCGGUGCGGAGGCUCUGCACAGCAGCGCGUCAGUACCCGCACACGGUGCAGCUGCAGACGCGAUGGAACGACAACGACGCCUUUGGCCACGUCAACAACGUGUUCUACUACGCUUUCAUGGACGACGCGGUCAACGCGCACCUCAUCGCCAGCGGUGUCCAGCAGACGCGCUUCGUAGCAGAAAGCAGUUGCCGGUAUCUGGCGCCGCUGCAGUACCCGCAGCCGGUGGAGGUGGGAAUGGGCGUCACGAGGCUGGGCCGCUCCAGCGUGUCGUACGCCAUCGGUAUCUACAGCCACCCGGCGAAUGCGAUCGCUGGCGGCCCGACGUCGGGUGGGCGCGAGCUUUGUGCGACAGGCACAUUCGUGCACGUGUAUGUCGACGGCGCUGGGCGACCGACGCCGAUGGCGGAGUGCACGAGAGCGGCGUUGGAAGCGAUACGCAUGGACGACGGGAGUGAUGCGUGA